AUGACAGCUCUUCACUUCGUAGUCUCAAACGGGAGGUUUGAAAUUGCAAAAGAGUUGGUGCAGCUAAUGAGCGAGGAAGACUUAGAAAUACUAGACUCUAUUGGUGGAGCAGCUCUACAUUUAGCUGUAUUACAUCGAGGAGAUUCCCAUGAAAUAGUUAAGUGCAUGGUUGAAAAGAACAAGAAAUUACUUAGCAUUCGUUUUAACAAUGAUGAAAUUGCAAUUCCAUUUGUCUUGGCGACUAUAGAAGGAAGGGUAGCAAUGUCUCAAUAUCUCUAUUCUGCCUCUCCACUGGAAACUCUGGAGGACCAUGCCUAUGCCGGUGUAGUUAUGUCUGCGUGUGUGGUGAAAAGCCGAUUUGAUAUUCUUUUGGAUUUAGUUCAACGCCAUCCAAAAGCGGCUUUUACUGAAAACAAAUCUAAAGUAAGCCCUUUUUCGCUUUUGGCUGGUAUGCCUUCUAUUUUCUUAAGUGCAAGCAAGCUCAAAUUCUGGGAGCGAUGGAUUUAUGACGGUAUGCAUGUACCACCUACUCCUACUAUCGAUACUGAAAAAGAACCUACUAUCGAUGCCUUUAAUGAUGGUCGUACUAAUGCUCAAAAACUAGAAGGCGAUCAAGCUAAUCAAAGGCAUCUCAUUUGCCUCAUUUGCACACGUACGUUGUCAGGAGUGCCAUUUGGUUAUUGUUAA